CCUCCUGUCCCCUUGCCGAUUGUCCUUUUUUAUCGAUUUCCUUUUCCCAAUCCCUCUCCUUUUCCUCCCUCCCUCACACACACACAUGUCAUCCUCGAAAUCCUCCGAUCGAGCAGGAAUCUGGUCCUACGUUCCUUUCGGUUCAUCUCCCAGACGUCGCUCCGUAUCCAGUGGCCUCCCACUGAGACAUUCGGCCAACGGCAGCGCAGACAAUAACAAUACACCCUGGGACCCUUUCGAGAAAUCAGGCCGCCAGACCAGAGGUAGUAGCGGCGGCAUCGGCGGCCAGAAAUUCAACCUGGAGUCUCUACAGCAAGCCUGGAUGACUCAAAGUCGGCAGGCAAGAUACCUCAAGACAGGGGGCGUUCUAGCCUUGAUAUUGUUUUUAUACCUGUUCCUGUCGGGCGGCGGUAGCGGUUAUGGCUCGAGAACGAGCAACAUAUACACUCCAGAGAACUCACCGACCACGAAAUGUACAAAGCCUCACGAUCUCUCGAAACCACUCGUUCAGUAUGCCAUCAUGAUCGAUGCGGGAAGCACGGGCAGUAGAAUUCACGUGUACAAGUUCAACAAUUGCGGACCUACGCCAGAGUUGGAAAAUGAGGAGUUCAAAAUGACGGAAAAGAAGCCCGGUGGUUCAGGUUUGAGUUCGUUCAAGACAGACGCCGAAGGCGCAGCGAAGAGCCUGGAUCCUUUGAUGCAGGUUGCCCUGGACUCGGUCCCCAAGGAGUACAAGUCCUGCACUCCAAUCGCGGUCAAAGCCACGGCUGGUCUGCGAUUACUCGGUGACGAAAUGAGCGAGAAGAUUCUCUCCGCCGUGAGGACGCGUCUGGAGACAGUCUACCCAUUCCCGGUCGUCUCCAAGGAGAAGGGUGGUGUCGAAAUCAUGAAGGGAGAGGACGAAGGUGUAUUUGCCUGGAUCACGACCAACUAUCUUCUAGGCAAGAUUGGAGGACCCGACGAGACACCCACGGCGGCCGUUUUCGAUCUCGGUGGCGGUUCGACCCAGAUCGUCUUCCAGCCGACUUUUAAGAACAGUCCUCAUGGAGGCAUGCCCCCGAAGAUGGCCGAAGGUGACCACAAGUACAAUCUGAGAUUUGGCGGACGGGAGUUCGAAUUGUACCAGCACUCGCAUCUCGGCUAUGGUCUCAUGUCUGCACGCAAGGCUUUACACGCAUCCGUGCUAGAUAAGAUGCACAAGCAGAACCCCAGUUCGAAGGAAUGGCUCUCCAAACCCAUCCCCAACCACUGCAUCACCCCUGGCUCCCAGAAGAAAGUGGACGUGACGAUGCCAGAUGAUCACGCACUGGCGGGUGACCACACUGUCAUCAUGGAAGGACCCAAGGAUGCAUUACCGGCCCAGUGCCGUGCGUUGGCCGAGGGCAUUCUCUACAAGGACAAGGAAUGCUCCGUGGCUCCGUGCUCGUUCAACGGUGUUCAUCAACCGUCUCUAGAAAAGACCUUUUCUCGCGAAGACGUCUACAUCUUUUCGUACUUCUACGACCGCACUCAUGACCUGGGUAUGCCCGAGUCUUUCACGCUCCGGGAACUUCACGACCUCACGGACAGGGUGUGCGGUGGAGAAAAGCACUGGGACGCAUUCACUAGCAUCGAAGGUGCCUUGGCCGAUUUGCGCGAUCGACCCGAGUGGUGUCUAGAUCUCAACUUUAUGACCGCUCUGUUGCACACGGGUUACGAAAUGCCCAUUGAUCGCGAGGUCAAGAUUGCAAAGAAGAUCAAGGGUAAUGAGUUGGGAUGGUGUCUGGGUGCGAGUCUACCGUUGCUCGAGCCCGGAAGUGGUUGGGAGUGUAGGAUUCAAGAAGUCGUCUCAUGAGUACGAGCUUUGGCUUGUGUCCGGGGUUUCGGGGUUUCUGUGUAAAUGUAAAUGACUUUGACUUCGACUUGAUAAAAGACUCAUUAUGAUUCCAUUAGAGGAAAGAGUGGGCGCAAAUGCAGGGGAAGGUCGAGACCAACAGCGACAGCGAGAGCGCGUGUGUUGUAAAGGUGCGGUUGCAUACAUGAUUCAGGUACAUUACAUUUGUUGGCCAUGGGUGAAAGGGGUUGCUGGUCAUGGGACAGGAGUUCAUGGGGGUCAUAGACAUGAUUCAGAAUCAAUUAAAGGUUCGUGAUACAGUGAAUACGUGACGAUCAUGGC